GUUUAGUAGUAGUACUUCGGCAGUAGUAGGAGGAGGUGGAGAGAGAUCGAAACCCUUACCUGAGCGCUACGUGAACCCCGAUCUCCGCCACAGCCGACGCGCCGCCACCCGAUCGGGACCGAUGGAGGAGGAGGAGGGCUGGCUUUCGCCGACGUCAGACGCGUCCUCCAGCUGGAAAUUCCGCGCCGACGUCUCCGUCGCUUCCCUCCACGACCUCUGCGGCGGGGAGGGCGUCGAGUGGUGCACGCCCGCAGGGAUCGGGGAUGGAUUCCCGCCGACGUUCAAUCUACCGGCGACAAUGGAGGAGGAAGGACAGACGAAUCUCCAGCCCGAACCGGGAUCCGGUAACGCAGCGGCGGCAGUGGCGUCGAGCAUGAGCGAGGAGCCCCCCGGCAUGAGGGCUGCAGAGAAAGCGAAUACAGGUGCCAAGAGUGGACAAAAGAGAACUCGCCAACCCAGGUUUGCAUUCAUGACCAAAAGUGAGAUCGAGCAACUGGAAGAUGGCUAUCGAUGGAGAAAAUAUGGGCAAAAAGCUGUCAAGAACAGCCCAUUUCCGAGGAGCUACUACCGCUGCACGAACAGCAAGUGCACCGUCAAGAAGAGAGUCGAGCGCUCUUCACACGACCCCAGCAUCGUGAUCACCACAUACGAAGGCCAACACUGUCACCACACCAUCUCCUUCCCUAGCGGCAGCAUACACCCUCGCGACACAAGGUCGACAUCUGAUCGGCUUGCCUUGUCUUCACCACAGCGACAUGUGCACCUUCCCACGCAUCCAGGCCAGCUCGUGAUGUCCGAUCCACGGUAUGAGGAUCCGAUCACACCAUUCCUGGUGGAGAGAAGCUCAUCAGCUCCCACAGACGAGGGUUUGCUAGAUGAUAUUGUGCCAUCCGGAAUGAGAAGAGGAUGAGGAGAAGAACUUGGUACUGAAACUUAAUAUUCAUGUUUGGGUUUGCCUUUUGCUAGAAGAUCGAAUAUACGAGGUUAACACACAACCAGUAUCAUCUCCAUUAACCUGCAUUAUCUUGUCCUUUCUAUGCCCAGUUGAAGCCAUGAUCAAACAUGCAGUAGUAGUAGUAGUAUUGCUGUUGUUGGCUUAGCAUAUAGAAAUAUAUGGAGAUGCAUGUGUUCCAUAAGCUUCUUGUAUUUCUUGUGACAAUAUGGUUUCUUAAAGAAGAUUUCAAUUGACAUGCACCUGCAUGCUCCUCAUCUUGUAGUUGUCCUCCUUGUUCAUUAUUAUUUGUCUCUUUGAUGAUACAAUUUCUCAUGCAGACUCUUUUGAAGUACGAUUGUCUUUGUACAUGGAGCUUAAAUGACUGUUGGACUGACUUCCAAGAGCCAGAAAACGACUUGAGGAGCAGACAGGGUGAUCCAUGGUCCAUGUAGCAUGCACUCUAUACAUACAUAGCUGGAGCUUGUGAUUUAUGCUUGGCAGGUUUUAGGUUAUGCCAGACUCUGCUUAACAUCAUCUGGUAAUGAAUCGUAGCUUUCUACUCUAAUCUCGACUUCUUCUUCUGUUGUCGUAAGAGUGCCUGAGGAAAGAAUACUCACAUGAUCACCAGUCAUGGGAAGCACGAGAUCUGCUUGUUGAUUUGUACCAGGUUCUGCUUGCACCGAGCACUUGAGGGUCGAUGCCUUCUUCGUCUGCAGCUCAAAAGUUCCUGCGCAGACAUCCCAUUCCAUGAAGUUCUACAAUAAUCUCCUCAACGUAGGUGCCAUGCGUGCAUGCAUUCGCAUGAGAAGGCAUUCAUGUAAUCUGUCUUCUCGGUUAGGGUUUUAUCUGUUUGUGGAAGUUCUACGUAACACUAGUUUGCAUGAGAUGCAUGUGGGUUUUCUCGAUUAAAGCGCCGAGGUGAAGUUUCAGUGUAACACUAUAUAUUGGUGUUUAACUUAUGUUCUCUAUCUUUUGUU